GAUAGUCUUGAACGCAACUUAGUGCGCUGCUAACGUGAUGGUGACCGUAGUGGAGUUAUUCAGUUUGCUGCUUGUGUCGGUGCUGUGGGGCUGCACCAACCCUUUCCUAAAAAAGGGCUCUGAGGGAAUAGAAAAGGUGACGAAAGCCAACAGAGUUUCACAACUUCUGGCUGAAAUCAAGUUCCUUCUCCUAAACCUCAAGUACCAGGUCCCCUURCUGCUAAAUCAGAGUGGCUCCUUGGUUUACUACUACACACUGUCAACCACAGAGUUAUCCCUUGCUGUCCCUGUAGCCAACUCGCUCACCUUCCUUUUCACUCUGCUGACUGGGAAGCUACUGGGAGAAGAAUUUGGAGGCAAACAGGCUGUAGCCGGGAUGUUCCUCACCAUGGCUGGCAUCACUCUGUGCAUUAUUAGCUCCCUGAAUGACGGCGACACGCAGAAACGGAACACGACCCACCCUGAGCUCUAARGGAGAUGGAGAUCAGAGCUAAUUUUCUGGUUCUGUUAAGGGAGUUGUCAGCYGGGAGUUAAAUGAGACCAAAGCUGCAGCAGGAUCACGACGGGAGGGGGACUGGUUAGAUUUAAGCAGAGCAGCGAUAAGACGGGGAGAAUGGAGUUAACUGGAGCAUCAAUAGGCCUGUGUAGGAACAAGUUGUUAAAGCGAGUUCAUCGAGGGUUCAGUCCAAAGCUAGAGUGGAUUUAUGGCGCUCACUAAAGAAGAAAAUCAGUGGUUUGCUCUUACUGAGRGCUCUGUUGCUGUAUGUGACCGGAAUCUGCAAAGAUGCCAUAGAGACAUCAAGCUUUUAAAUCCUUCUUUUUGACAUUUAAAUCAUUCAGUUGGUGUCUACAUAAAGUGGAACUGCAAUGAUUUUGGUUUGAAUUCCUCUUUAUUCCAACUUAACCAGUCCCCAUUUCAUCCCAUUUUCUGAGGUGUGUCUCAGAUCAACUCAUUUUGAUGCUGUUCCAUUAAAUCCAAACAAGGCGCUUCCAGACCGGUUCAUUCCAGUUUGAUAGUGACAGGUUACAGCUAUCUAGCCGUGCAGAAACCUUUAUUUACAAAUUAUUUAAAAUAUGUCAACAAGACUUGUCCAUGCAGCCUUACAUAUUGGAACCAGAGUCUGACCCAGAACCAGAGAAUGAAAACGACCAAACUGUAGUUGUUAAGUUCGGACCUUAGUUGGCAAUUCUGUUGCAAAUACUGUGACACAAUAGUGCAGAAAACAUAGAAAAUAGAGAAAACUGAAUAUAUCUACGCAACUUCAGGAGAGACUAAACUUUUCGGCACGCUUAGAGACUCAAAAACACAGCAGCUAAAAAUGUGGAUUUUGCCUGACAUGUCCCCUUUAAAGCAGGAGGCGUUGAAAUGGACCAAUCACACGCCGCCUCCUCAGUUUACAAAUACAUUGGCKCAGUCCCAAUGCUCAGUGCGCACCCUUCGCCCCUCUGAAGUGUGGAUUCAGUCUUAAGUGCACAUAAGUGUUCGAGUGCGCAGGUUACAAGCGUGCAAAACAAUUGAGAAUUAGGACAGUACAGAUUACGUCAUCGACUUGCACUUCUGCGUCGUAACUGUGACAUCCAACAUGGCGGGACCGGUCACUUGUUUUGGCAUUUGUAUCGCUAAAAAUGAUAGAACUACUAAAAGCAAUCGUUUUUAGGAGAAGAAAGCUCAGGAAGCGAAGGAGGCUUAUACAUCAGAGUAUGAGAACUAACUUCUAAAAUUUCUUCUUCUUUUGUAUUUAUUGGUGGUUGGCAGACUAAUAUAAGUGCAUUACUGCCACCACUAAACUGGAAGGUGCUCAGUGGACAUUGCCAGAUUUCCACCUUUUAAUUCAAAACGUCACACACAGCGAUGAAUCGUGGGUAAUACACUUCGCCGAAGUCCGUAAAAAUGCGGACUUUACGUAAAGGCAGAAAUAGUACCCAAAAUGGGCGGGGCAAAGGGCAGGUGUGGGACGCACUURGCACUCAAACCCUUCAACAUGAACGCACAUUUGAAGUGGACAAGGGUGGGAGUAUAGUAUCUGUGUCCAUUUUAAA